AUGAAUCUUAACUUCACUCUACCCAUCCGCUCGCGUCCUUCCACGCUCCCUACCAAAGCUGCCAACCGCUCAUAUGACAACCAGACAGUCUCAAGCCCCCGAAAGAGUGACCUCAGAGUCAAGAAGCGAGAACCAGCCCUACGACAGAAUGCUGGGUGUUUUGAGAAUAUCAGGCCCGAAGCAUCUUAG